AGUCUCUGAUGUCCCCAGAGUGUGUAUGUGAAGUUUUAGCUCAAAAUACCCCACAGAUCAUUUUUUAUAGCACGUUAAAUUUGUCACUUUUUGAGGGUGAGCAAAAACGCUCCGUUUUGAUGUGUCCCUUUUAAAUGCAAAUGAGCUGCUGCUCUCAAGAAGAGGGCGGAGUUUCAAGAGCUCAUGUUAGCAGCGCCGAUUACCUCACGCAGACUCACUUAAAAUGUUAGAAACUGUUCAGCCUUUUAUGUCGGAGAAUGAUGGAGAGACUUAGUGACUUAGAAUGCAACAGGACAUUUCUGAAUGGUUAGUUGAUGAAUUUAUGUAGCUGAUGUGGAGUUAACUAUCUUAAAGUCAUUGAUUAGCAUAUUCUGUCAUGAUAAUCUAUAAAUCGCUCAUGUGGGAACUGUUGUAAGAUCCUACAGAGCCAGAGAAUAUAUGCUGCAUGCAGUUAGAACAGGUAUAGUUUAGUUUAAUUAUGGUUAUAACUUGAUAUCUUGCUUUUAUGACAUGCUAUUGCAUUUGUGUUAAGUACUGUUUUGCAAUAACAUGGCCUCACCCCCUUUGUUGCGUGUUCUCGGGGGCGGGGUUUAUGUAAGUUUUAGGGUUAGUGAUGUCACCAACCCAGGAAGAAGCUCUUUGUAGUCCCUACCAGCCGUUUGUUGUAGUCCUUAAAUAUCUCCCUUUGCUUUGAACUUUGAGUGUCGUAACUUUGCAGAUGUUGUUUAUGCUCAAACAGCAACAUUACACACUAACUAAAGUUAAAAAAGUGAAAUCAUAAUCAAGGACUCCUUUAAGAUUCAUUAUGGAUUCAUUAUGUAGAUCUUGAAUUAUUACUGCAAAGGGAUGUAGUUUCAGUGUAAAUCAGUUGUCCUUGCAUUUCCCCUUGAAGUUCCUGAGGAAUGAAAUCUCUGAGGAAGAUUUUCAGGGAAGAACAAUGAAACACCUUAUUUAAGAUGACAGCACUUCAGGACGAUGCUUAAGUGAGCAUCAGUAUGAAAUAUUUAUUAGUGUGCUCAGUAAACAUGGUUGUUCCUGUCUAAACGGUUUCACUUGAUUUUAGGAAUAUAAAAGUCACCUCUUUUCAAACCCAUCUCUAAUUCUUGCCCUAUAGAUCAAAUAACAUUGUCUGAGAUAUUAAAGGCCCACUGAAGUGCCUUGGAAUGCGCAGCAUUCAAUGUGUUGGCUUCAUUUCAACUGAAACAGGAAGACAGGGCGGGACAUAGCGAACAGCUCCUCCCCCUUUUUUUAAAAUAGCUAAUAGCGUUUUGUUUAUAUCACAGCUCAGCCAGAGCUGUUGAGCUUGGUAAAACCUCAGUUUCCUUCUAAUCUCUAACCGUUUCUCCUCCUAAUCUCCUCCAUAUCACUUUAAAAUAUAGCAUUCUGUGCAGAAUUCAAAUGGGUCUGAUACGUUUUGUGGUCUGCGCCGACUCGAGAAUAUGAUCUGCUCUGUGCUAUCGUGUCUCUGGACCGGAGCAGACUGUGUGCACGCUGUGGUGGUUCAUGUGACUCUAAUGUGAAACCAGACUUCAUUCGCCUCAAUGGAAAGCAUAUUUACACUGUCUUAAUCGUUCCCUAUCCCCUAUAUAGUGCACUAUGUGCCAUUCACCAUGUAGAAAACAGUAAAUGUGUGAACAAGUGACCGAUUUCAGCUGCAGCUUCAGCGUCUAUGUAUAAUGUAGGGGAUGGGGUGCUUUAGAUUCUAGAGAACAUUUGAUUAGACAGAAGAUCUGAUGAGAAGCUGAAGUCUGUGGUGAUAUCAUGAAAAUCCGUGAUCCAUUUUAGCGGAAGUGAGAGACUAACUUUUGAAUGCUUAUAUCUUCUAAAUGCGAAUUUUGUCAUUGUUUUGGAACUCACCAGCUUAUUCAUAACCUUAAUGCUAACAUAUUCAUACUAAAGGCUAAAAAACUUCAGAAACUUCAAAGUUUUCAUGCUCACUGUACAUUAAAAUUAAAAUCGGCAUGAAAAGGAAGUUGCGAUAGGCUUUUCUUCCUUAUUGUGACUUAUAUCUGAGUGAAACUACAUUCUGAACAAGAACAAAUGUAGGGCGGGACUUGAUUUUGCUCAUCUGGAAUUGAUUGGAUGUCAUUUGAGUGACAGGAUGUCCUGCCCUUGGGUCAGUACGUCAUCAGAGAGGAGAAGAGGUGUCUCUGCAAUAAAAAAAAAUAUUUUGAAUAAAGUUUAUGAAGGUGCACGGAUAAAUAAUUUAUUUUCAGUUUUAAUUUCAUGAUGACUUUAAUAUGGAAGUCCUGCAUCUAAUUUCCUACUGAAUCAAGGAUGUGCCAAUUAUCUGUUCUGAAAGUGGUCCAUGUGAUAGUUAUGAAAGUAGUGGCUAUGCCUAUUAUGCAAUGUUUAGACCUAUAUUUUGACCGCUAAAUACUGUGAUUUAGUGUAAAUAGGCUUACUGAAAAGCUGUAGGCCUACAGCUGUUUAAUGUAAAUUAUGUGCUGCUGGCGGCAGCAAGCUAAUUACAAAAAAAAAAAAAAAAAAAGACUACUUGACCGCUUUCCGUAUUCUACUUACGAAGAAAGUGUAAAACUACCGCAGUUCAAAAAGCUUAUGCUACGUCCUACGCCUUCCCUAUUCAACUUACGGAAAAAGUGUAACUGACGCGACGCCAGUUUACACUUUCUUCGUAACUUGAAUACGGAAGGCAGUCUGGCGGAAGCUAGAUAUUUUACUUCAUAACUUGUUGUAGGCUAUGGAUAUGUUUUUUUUUUUUUUUUUUUUUUUUUUUACACAAACGCAUCGUUCCGCUUCAGAAGGCCUUUAUUAACACCCGGAGCCGUGUGGAAUAUGUUUAUGAUGGAUGGAUGUGGAUGGAGACACUUUCUUCAGCUCAUACUCGUUUGGUAACGCUUACUGCCAUUAUAAAGCUUAGAAUAGGCCUAUUUAUUAAUAUUUCUCCGAUUGUGUUCAUCAGAAAGAAGAAAGUCAUAUACACCUAUGGCUUGAGGGUGAGUAAAGCUUGGGGUAAUUUUAAUUUGAAAGUGAAAUAAUCCUUUAAAUGGGCUAAAUGCCAAUCUAAAUGCAAAUGCCAGCCCAUUCUGCUGUUAUCAAAUGCGGAGCGACGUCAUUUUCCUAUAUUAAGCUCGGUGUGAACACGCUCUAACAGCCUGGCACAUGCGGCAGAGGGCAUGAAUAUCCAUUCAAAGCAGUAUGUCUGAGGUCUGAAGUUCUGAACCCAGGUUGAACUCCAAGAACUUUCUCAGAGAGUUAUGCACCUGCAACAACUCCCCUCACCGUCCGCACUGGCCAACAAACCGGUGCGUGUGGACAAUGAUUUUACGCACAUCGCCGCCGCGGGGAACACUUUGGAGAACGAGCCACCUUUGAAAAGACUCUCCACAGGGAUAAGAAACCCAUCAAACGCUCUGGACUACGUCUCCGCCGCACGGGAUGACAGUGAAAGCGCGGACAAGUGCAAUUUACCUGAAUCAAGUCAAGCGCGGACAGAUUUCGCCUCGUCUUCAGCAAUGUUCUCAUAUUCAGGUCAGCAUGUAGUGCCCGCGCUCCCGGCACUCUACAGUCACUACAUGACACCUCACCCGGUCAUCAGCAACGGGCCGUACAAUGGGUUGAGCUACGCGUACUCACAGCCGUACGGACAAACUUACACAAACGCCGCCGUCUAUCCUUUCCCCUCGGUGCCCGGUAAAGCGCAGGUUCACCUGUGUAACCGGGGGCUGUGGUUCAAAUUCCACAGACACCAAACAGAAAUGAUCAUUACUAAACAGGGACGCCGGAUGUUUCCGUUUCUUAGUUUUAGUGUUUCUGGUCUUGACCCGACGUGCCAUUAUAAUAUUGUUGUGGAUGUGAUUCUGGCGGAUCCAAACCACUGGAGGUUCCAGGGCGGAAAGUGGGUUCCUUGUGGCAAAGCGGACACUAACGUCACUGGUAAACUCCAUGUUACGGGAAACCGAGUAUACACGCACCCGGACUCUCCAAACACCGGCGCGCACUGGAUGCGUCAGGAGAUCUCUUUCGGAAAACUGAAGCUGACAAACAACAAAGGAGCUGCCAAUAACUCCACUCAGAUGAUCGUCCUACAGUCUCUUCAAAAGUAUCAGCCGAGAGUGCAUGUGAUUGAAAUAAACAAGAGUGGAGAUGAAGAUGCAAGUGAUCCUGAUCGAGUACAGACAUUUACCUUUCCCGAGACGCAAUUUAUAGCUGUCACAGCUUACCAGAACACAGAUAUAACUCAACUAAAAAUUGAUCACAAUCCAUUUGCUAAAGGAUUUCGGGAAAAUUAUGAUUCUUACAGUGGCUGCGACGCUGACCGACUGACCUCCACACCUGGCGACUCUCCACACUCUCAGUUGCUGCCUGGCUCACGGUACGCAAUGACAAGCACCUUAUUCCAGGAGCAGUUUGUCAACAGUUACACAAAAUCCUGUUUUACAACUCUUAACCCUGACUCUGUCACUACUGACCGACCAAUCACGCUUACUAACAGCCUAACGAACCAAUCCCAAGAGAGCAGCACGGCCUCCGGACAGCGCUGGUUUGUGUCUUCCUCAGCCUCUCCAUCAUACGAAACUGAUGUUAACGCAGCAGCUCUGCUCUCUUACACCACGGCAGGGGUCAAAGGUCUGCCUUUUACUAGUACUGGUGGCACUAGUAACAGUUUGGAUUACUACACCAGUGCUGCUGGAUGGGAUUCAAAAGGUUUGCUAGAUAACAGCAGUAAAACCAUCUCAAAUCUGCCUGACUGGGUUAUGGAUGUGACACAUGAAAGAUCCACACAACCGAAUUACAUGCCCGAGGAUGGAGAUAUGUUGGAAAUAGACAGAUCUUCGCUGGAGGUUUCUGAGGAGCUUGAAGGAAAAGAUGCCGCGGAUUCGACAUGGACUGAGACUCAAUCUUCCAUUAAAUCCAGUGAUUUAAGGAUUUUGGAAGAAGCACAACAGAGAAAUUCCUCUGUCACUCCUGAUUCAGAUGUUCAGACAGCAAAAGACAUUCAGGUCUCACAGAACAGGGAAAGAAAUGUGAUCAAAGAAUCUGACUUUUUUCAUUUUAACACUCAAACGUAAACCUGCCUGGGCUGAGUGUGCAAUUAAAAUAUUGUUAGUAUAGAAAUAACUUUAUAAUGAUGAUUUAUGUAUACAAUAUUUAUUUAUUUUCAUGUUAAUGACACUGCACCAUUGCUGAACCAUGUCUGAACUGAGUAUUCUGUGUAUUUUUUUUCAGUGGUGGUAAUUUGAAAAAAAAAGAAAGGAAAAAACAUACAUUAAUAGACCGUCAUAUGAGUGUUUGUUAAAACAUACAGCCCAAAUAUAGGCUAAUGAAUCUAGAUAAAGUGUUAUUAAAAUCACAACAGUGUUUAACAUGGGAAUUUAAUGACCAUGAACUAUCAAAACUGCAAGUUUUUUGAUUAGAUGCUUAUUGUAAAAUAUAGAACAUGUCGAUGUGAAGUCAUGACAUUCUGCUGGUGUCAGAAUGUUUGAUGUUCAGCCUAAAUAAAUUGUCAGAUGUUUGAGUA